UGCUGAACCAAUGCAUCCUUUCUUUCCGGUUGUCAAAAAGUGCAUAGACGACACAUUUAGUUAACAAUGGCUGACGUUGAUGUUGAUGUGCCCUCCGCCGCACCAGUUAUUGGUGACAAAAUGGACAUCAAUACCGCUUUACAAGAAGUUCUGAAGAAGUCACUUAUUGCUGAUGGUUUGGUGCAUGGUAUUCACCAAGCUUGCAAGGCUUUGGAUAAACGUCAAGCUGUUCUGUGCAUCCUUGCAGAUUCAAUGGAUGUUGAUUUGUAUAAGAAACUUGUAACUGCACUCUGCCACGAACAUCAAAUCCCACUCAUCCGUGUGGAUUCUCACAAGAAGUUGGGUGAAUGGUCUGGUCUGUGCAAGAUCGACAAAGAGGGUAAGCCACGUAAGGUCAGCGGUUGUGCCGUUGUGGUCAUUAAAGACUUCGGUGAGGAGACACCUGCUUUGGAUGUUGUGAAAGAACAUCUGCGUCAAAAUAGUUAAACGCGCUAUGUGUGUGGACUAGUUUUAAAUAACUUACAACAACAAAUAAGGUGAUUUGUGAAAGCAGUUAAAACACGAAUUACAAGAACCGUGUUGUUUUUAUUCAGCUGAAGUUCUUUUAUAAAUAAAAAAUACAAAGUGAAAUAACAAA